CUUCAUUCACAAUCCUCAUUCAAAGCGUGCCGUUUCCACCAUCAUAACUACUUUGUGUUCUUCUCAAACGAUAAUUCUCUCAAGUCUCAACCACGGUUUUUGCGUUUUCCUAUUUCCUCUCUCUAUAAAUCUGCACUUAGCAGCUUUUCUAGGUAGAUUCAUUAUGUCGAGUUCAUCGGAGAUUUCAGCUGCUAAAUCGCCGGAGAAAUCCACUACGUUCUCUCAAACCUGCAAUUUACUAAGCCAAUACCUUAAAGAAAAGGGUAGCUUCGGAGACCUCACCUUAGGCAUGGAACGCAACGUUCAAGGGUCCCCUGUAACCACUAUGGAGUUGUUUCCUAUGGCAACACAAAACUUGAAGAGUAUGAAUUUGUUCUAUCCACCACAACAAUCUGAGGUUCCAACAUUGGUGAAAUCAAGUGCUAUGGGCAAUGAACCUAAAGCUGCACAGUUGACAAUGUUUUAUGAGGGGCAAGUUAUUGUGUUUGAUGAUUUUCCUGCUGAGAAAGUGAAGGAGAUCAUGGCAUAUGCCAGCAAGGGAGUCUCUCAAAGCCAGAACAACAACAACUCUGCAUAUGCUUGCAAUCAGAAUCAGCCUUCAAUUAGGCCAAUUGUUCAUGAUCUACCAAUUGCUAGGAAAGUUUCCCUCCACCGUUUCCUGGAGAAGAGGAAGGAUAGAAUCUCUUCCAAAGCACCAUAUCAAAUCUCUGCUCCUGAGAAACCUGUUGAAUCCAUUUCAUGGCUUGGGUUAGGUGCUACACCAACACAAAUCUGAUCUGAGUGGAAUCAUAGUUUUAUUUUAAGUAGUUUUUGGCCUUUUUUAUGUUAAUAUUUGAUGGGCAUGUUUGUCAAUCUGCUCCACUAUGAAUAUGUUAGAUAUAACCUUAGUCAGUGAAUUGGAAUAUUUCCUGUAAUUAGCAUUUCAAAGUUUUGGAUUCACUGAUCCCAUUUCUUUGUUUCUUCUUUCA